CCUUGAGUGGUCGGCCACGGACAGCGCCAUCGGCGGGCAGUGGGCAGAGCGCGCCGUAGGUAAGUACCUAGCCAGAGAGACCUGAGACUGCCCCUGCCGUGGGACUGGUCGGGUGGGUGGGACAACCUCACCAACCUCACUGGGCCGGGGGGACUGGCUUCCUCAGGCUCCCGUCCCGCCCGCUGGCACCUGAACGGGAACCCACCUUUGUUCGCCUGAUCCUGAUCCAUUUCCCCCCCCUCCGCCAUUCCAUCCUACUCUCCUGCAACCGACUUCGACAUCAACUACCAGAGUUUGCAUCCCGUCACCAUCUUCUCGCCUGUUGACGAAACCCACCCCAAUACCGUGGUGUGACUCAGCGAUAUAGUGCUUUUUGCUUUCCAUCUUCCACACUUCGUGUCGUCAACGCAACAGCGAUUACGACAACCACAACCACCUACCUUUACACAACUAAUAUCACACAAUGGCGUUGAAGCGCAUUAACAAGGAGCUCGCUGAUCUCGGCCGCGAUCCGCCCUCCUCUUGCUCUGCUGGCCCUCAGGGUGAAGAUCUUUUCCACUGGCAAGCGACCAUUAUGGGCCCUGCCGACUCCCCCUACACCGGCGGCGUUUUCUUCCUCAACAUUCAGUUCCCUACCGACUAUCCUUUUAAGCCUCCCAAAGUCAGCUUUACCACCAGAAUCUACCACCCCAACAUCAACUCGAACGGCAGCAUCUGCCUCGACAUUCUGAGGGAUCAGUGGAGUCCGGCGUUGACGAUCUCCAAGGUUCUGCUCUCCAUCUGCUCGAUGUUGACGGAUCCCAACCCUGACGACCCGCUUGUGCCCGAGAUUGCGCACGUGUACAAGACAGACCGCGCCAGGUACGAGGCGACGGCUCGCGAGUGGACCCGGAAGUAUGCUAUCUAGAGUAGAUAAUGGGAUGGAUUUAUGGCCGACAAGCAGCGCUGGAUCGUUUCUUCAACGUUUUGGCUCCUCUUUUGGAGGGGCACCCACAUAUUCACCAUGGGAGCACGAGUGUAUUGUGGUUCCGGUUCGCGUCCUAUAUUCCUCUAGGCCCAGAGGGAAUUCCCAGCUCUCUUCAGUGCGAAAGUUGCAAAUGCCAUUCGAGCGGCUCGAAACAGUGGAGGAUGGGGGUGUGGCACAGCAAGCGGUGUCUUUCGAUGUCACGACAAGGGGCGGGGCGGAAUCAGCAGGCGCAAGAUGUAACCAUUGCGUACCGGCACUCAAGUUUCUUUGCUCGCAUCACAUUAUUUACAAAGGUCUGCAAUACCAAGGGGUUCCAGUACAAUAGCAUUCUGUCUUUCCCUCUAUCGUUCCUGAUGUUUGGCCUGUGCUCUAUCCGUG